AGGCAGAGAUCUCUGGGAGCUACACAGUCGGACAUUGAAGUUCCAGCGGAUCGGAUCCUAUUCCUUGUUUUUUUUUUUAAAGUGUUUCCCAUGUUUUUCAAAAAUUUUUUGAAGUGAAGAAACCAUUUUAAAGUGACAAAAUGAAAGGAUCUGCAAGGAGCAGAGUCCUGUUGUGUUUGGCGGUUUUUCUCAUUUCGGAUAUUUGGCCUUGGACCGAAGGCUUUGUCAACUCGCCGAAGAUUAUAAGCAAAGAUGGUAAUUUGAUUUUUGAGUCCGGAGCGAAUCGCAAUAUCAGUUUUCGACUCAGCGGAAAUUCGCGGCUUACGAUCAACGAGGAGUACGAUGUAAUGGAUCUCUUGAUGGCCACCGGUGGUCCCAAGAAGCGAACUGGCGGAGCCAAGGAUGAAUGGAACACCGGCGAGGAUUUUGUGGAUGUGCGGGAGCUUUCGGAUCAGUUGGCUGAUUUCGAGAGGCGGGCCUUUGGACCCAACGGUUUGGACUGGAUUCUGCGUCAACAGCAAAACAGGACUCGCGGAUCGAUGGCCUUAAUGCGGCGAUACCAGAUGCGACUUCGUUCCGUUGAAAACCGGGUGGAUCGGAUAAAGACGCAACUGGAUGCAAAUAGUUGUUUAAGUGGACCCUGCGAGAAUGGAGGCACCUGCUUCAACACCUUCACCGGCUUUCGCUGCCAAUGCCGACCGGCCUUUGAGGGCACCAAGUGCGAGGUGGACGUUAACGAGUGCGCCCUGUACGAGGGCACCGACCUGGGCUGCCAGAACGGCGGGCAGUGCCAGAACCAGUUCGGAUCGUACAGCUGCCUGUGCCUGCCGGGCUGGCAUGGGAUGCACUGCAGCCAGCGGCGGGCGGACUGCUCCCAGUCGAGUGCCUGGGAGCUGUGUGGCCAUGGAUCCUGUGUCCCCAGUGCCGAUGAUGCCGGCUAUCGCUGCGUCUGCGAACCGGGCUGGAAGACCAACGGAGUGACGCCCGUUUGCGGGGAGGACGUGGACGAGUGCAGCGAUUCGGCGGCCCACACGCCGUGCUCCACGAAGUGCAUCAAUCUGCCGGGCAGCUUCACCUGUGCUCCCUGCGCCGCCGGCUUGACUGGGAACGGCGUGAGCUGCCGGGACGUCGACGAGUGCGAGACGAACAACGGCGGCUGCAGCCUCAGUCCGAAGGUGGACUGCAUCAACUCCUAUGGAUCGCACCACUGCGGCCAGUGUCCCAUUGGCUGGACGGGAGAUGGACGAAGGUGCGAGCGCAGUGCGACGGACAUCGACAUUCAGACCGGACAGCCGGCGUUGAGUUGUCCGCCGGGCGGCAAUCGCUGCUAUCCGGGCGCCAGCUGCUUCAUGAUCUCCGGCACCGAAACCUGCAGGUGUCCGGUGGGCAUGGUCGGAUCUGGUUACGGACCAAGUGGCUGUGUCAACGGCACGGUCAACAAUUGCCUCGGCAAUCCCUGUCUGAACAAUGGGAUCUGCCUGGACGCGGGACCCUCGAACUUCACCUGCCUGUGUCCCGCUGGCUUCCGUCCCCCGCUUUGCGAACCGGCGCCGAGUCCUUGCGACCACCAGCCGUGCAGGAACGGCGGUCGCUGCCGCGCGACGAACACCGACACCGGAGCUGGCUUCGUCUGCCAGUGCUCUCCGGGCUACCGGGGUCGUCUGUGCGAGACGCGAUUCAGCAGCUGCAACGGAAUGCUGGCCGCCCCAACGGGCAGCCUUCGGUAUCCGCCGGAGGGGACCGGUUACGAGCACAAUGCCCAGUGCGCCUGGGUGAUCCGCGUCCACGAGUCCAGCGUGAUCAAUGUGACGUUCAACAGCUUCGAUCUGGAGGACUCGACGGAGUGCCGCUUCGAUUGGCUGCAAAUCAACGACGGCCGGUCGGCGGCUGCCCAGGUCAUCGGUCGCUACUGCGGGAAUCAUCUGCCGCACGGCGGCAACAUCAUAUCCUCCGGGAAUAUGCUGUAUCUCUGGUUCCGAUCCGACAACUCGACGGCCAAGGAGGGAUUCGAUCUCACCUGGGACUCGAUUCAGCCGCAGUGCGGCGGUCGCCUGGAGUUCGACACCCAUGGAACGCUCGCCUCGCCGGGAUCGCCGGGCAACUAUCCCAAGAACCGCGACUGCCGAUGGCAACUGGUGGCGCCCACCAACAAGCGCAUCAAAUUGACCUUCUUUAGUCUGCACCUCGAGCAGCACGAGAGUUGCAGCUUCGAUUACUUGAAGAUCGAGGACACCAUUUCGGGUCGCCAGUUGGCCAAGUACUGCACCAGUGGCGAGCCGGCGCCACUGCUACUGCCCACCCACCAGGCGGAGAUUCACUUCCAUUCGGAUGCGGUGGGCAGCGACUCGGGCUUCCAGCUGCACUAUUCGGCGGAGGAGCGAGUGCCCGGCUGCGGUGGCGUCUACACCGCCAAGGAGGGCACCAUUUCCCAGUCGAGCGCAGCGAAUUCGGAACCAGGCGGCGUCUCCUGCGAAUACGAAAUCCAGCUGGCCCUCGGCGAACUGAUCGUCAUACAGUUUGUGCGCCUGGAACUGCAACCGCUGGACUGCCUGGAGGUGCUGGACAUCACGGAGGAGGGCGGGAGCAUUCUGCAGGAUAAGAUCUGCGGAUCGGAUGCGGCGCUUUCCAGUCCGCCCGCCUUCACCUCGCAAUUCAAUCGGGUCAAGAUCAAGUUCUACGCCUCCGCAGGAAGCUUCCAGCUGAACUACCGCAUGUCCUGUGAAUUCAAGCUGGACGCCGAUCAGGGCACGAUCACCUCGCCCGGCUAUCCCAAUCUGACCAGGAACGACCGACUGUGCACCUAUACGAUUAACACGGCCGCCAACACGGUGAUCAGCGUGAAGAGGAUCGACUUCCAGCUGAACAGCGGAACCGCUGAUGAUGACGAUGAUGAUGAUGCGGGCUGUCUCUCCACCAACUUGAGGAUCAACGAUGCAGUGAACCGCCGGAUCCUGGGACCCUACUGCGGCAAGAACCAGCCGGAGGAGCAGUUCGUCAGCCUGGCGAACCACCUGCAGUUCCUCCUGACCACGGACGCGAACAGCGGGGGGCGUGGCUUCAAGUUCGAGUACCGCUCGCUGCCCACCGAAGGCGACAAGUGUGGAGGAGUGCACACGCGUUCCGGGGAGCACAUCCGUUCGCCGGUGGACGAUGACGACAAGUACGGAUCGAGCUUGACUUGCUAUUGGGUCAUUAUGGCGCCGGCCAACAAGGCGAUCCGCUUGCGCUGGCAGAGCUUCGAUCUGGAGUCAUCGAGCCACUGCUACUUCGACUACGUGGAGAUCUACGAUAGCUUGGGUGCCCAGACGGACGAUCCGGAUGAUCGUAUCCAGCCGCUGGGCAAGUACUGUGGCUCCAACCAUCCCGAGGAUUUGAUCAGCCACUCGCGCCAGCUGGUCAUCAAGUUUGUGUCGGACUCGAGCGACUCCUAUGGGGGCUUUCAGCUGUACUACACGUUCGAGGAUCGCGAGCGGUGCGGCGGUCAUGUGCACGCCUCCAGCGGCGAGUUGACCUCGCCCGACUAUCCGGCCAACUACACGGGCGGGCUGGACUGCGACUGGCAGCUGACCAGCGGCGUGAACACCAUCAUGGAGAUCCAGAUGGAGAUCUUCGACCUGGAGCAGUCGCCGAACUGCACGGCCGACUAUCUGGAGAUAAGGAACGGCGCCGAGAGGGACUCGCCGCUCAUUGGACGCUUCUGCGGACGGGAGAUACCCGCUAGGAUACCCAGCUACACGCACGACCUGCGGAUCAUCCUGCACACGGACUCGGCGAUCGGUGGCAGGGGAUUCCGGCUGCGCUGGCGUCUCAUGGCCUUCGGAUGCGGCGGCAACCUGCGGGCGAACAUGGGCACCAUCACCUCGCCGCGCUACCCCAACGAGUAUCCCUUGGACGCUCACUGCGAGUGGCAGAUACGCGUCCAUCCGGGAUCGGGCAUUGCGCUGCUCGUCGACGAUUUGGAACUGGAGGACAUGGGCGACUGUCAGUACGACAAAUUAAUGGUCUACGCGGGCAUUAAGAAGCCCAACCAGGCGGAGGACAUUAACAUCUGCCGUUUGCCAGCGGGCAGCAAUCAAUUGUUUGAACUGGAUGGGAAUGUGGCGACGUUGAUCUUCAGCUCGGAUUCGUCGAAUUCGUUCCGCGGAUUCCGGCUCUCGUACCGGGCGAACUGUGUGGUGAACCUUACGGCCACCACGGGCAGCAUCGAGAGCCUGAACUACAUGGAACCCUUUUGGGAGACGAUCCCCGUCAAUUGCAGCUGGACGAUUCGAGCGCCGCGCGGCAAUCGCGUUCUCAUCGAAGUAUCGCAUUUGGAGCGGCACGAGGAGCACAUCCCAAACACCCAGACGCCUGGUGGCUUGUACAUCGUCGACGGCGGGCGGAGGAAUGUGCAGCAUGUGCUCGCCACCGGAACGGUGAACAUCACCGGCGAGCAGCUGACCGUCGUCCACAACGCCAGCAAUGUGAACUUCCAGCUGGACUAUCGCAUCGAUGGCUGCAUGGAGGAGCUGCGCGGGGGGAGCGGCUCAUUCAGCUCGCCCAACCACCCGGGCAUGUAUCCCAACAACAUGGAGUGCUACUGGCUGAUCCACGUCGAGCAGGAUCACUCCGUGGAGCUCACCAUCUUCGAUCUGGAUCUGGAGGAGAGCGUUAACUGCACCAAAGAUGCGCUUACAGUGUCCAGCCACCAGAACACUGUGGCGAACCACGAACGCCACUGCGGAGCCACGGCCAAGUUGGUCCUGACCAGCAGCGGUCACAAAAUGCACGUGCGCUUCAUCUCGGACGAUUCGCACAAUGGCAAGGGCUUUGUGGCCAGUUAUAAAUCGGUGAAAUCAACUUGUGGAGGGAAAAUUUCGGGCCAAAACGGGGCAAUCGAGUCGCCCAACUACCCGAAACGCUAUCCAUCCUUUUCCCAUUGCGAGUGGCAGCUGGAGGUGUCCCCGCAUCACCGGAUCGUUUUCGAUUUGGAUGACAUCGAAAUGGAGGACACCUACGGAUGCAGCUUUGACUACCUGGAGGCCUUCGAUCUCUCGGAGGACGACACCGAGGGUCGGUCGUUGUUCCACAUUUGCGGUGUAAGUCGCCUCGAGCCCAAUCCCAUGUCCGCCUCCAAUUUGGCACUGGUGCGGUUCGUCAGCGAUGAUUCCAUCUCCUCAAAGGGCUUCCGGCUGAACUUCUACGAGUCCUGUGGCCAAACGCUGACCAUCGACGAAACGGACUACGACUUCAUCCAGAUGACCCGCCGAGUGGCGCGGAACGAGACCUGCGAGUGGGUGAUCCAGGCGCAGGAGCCGAGCAGGCACGUGAUCUUCACGCCGACGCACGUGAAGCUGCGCGACGAGGUGAGGAGCGAGUAUCCCACGGAGGGCGACUGCCUCGACGUGGGCGUGAAGAUCUACGAGGGUACGGAGGCGAAGGGAACGCCGCGCCUCCGCUACUGUCGCUCCCAUCCGCCUGCGUUGAUUUCCAGGGGCAAUGCGCUGACCAUCAGCGUGCCGCUCCUGCUGGUCGAGGAGUUCGAGGGCAACUACAUGACCAUGGACAGCAGCUGCGGCAGCUUGUAUAGCUCCCUGUCCGGCAAGUUCACGUCGCCGUACUAUCCCGACUCGUAUCCGCCGAACAUCGAGUGCAUCUGGCUGCUGGAGGCCAGCAUGGCCAACUCCCUCAGCCUCACGUUGGAAUCGAUGGAUCUGGAGAAGUCGGAUGGCUGCAACCGGGACUAUCUGGAGGUGCGCGAGGAGUCCGAGCGGGGCAAACUGAUCGGUGUCUAUUGUGGCAACGAGGUGCCCGGCGUCAUCCGAUCGCACGGCUCCAUCUGGAUGAAGUUCAAGAGCGACGACGACAACGUGGGCGAGGGCUUCAUGGCCUCCUACAACUACGAACACCACAACGAGGUGAAUGGGACGGAGGGCAUCAUCGAGUCGCCGCAUUAUCCGAGCAAGUUCCACGAGACGGAGCCGUACAGCUGGCGCAUUACGGUGGAUCCGGAGUACGUGGUGGUGAUAUCGGUGCGCCACCUGCGGGAUCUCGACCAGCCGCACCUGCGAUUUUACGACGGCUACUCGGACAUCGGUGCCCGCAUCACGGUCACGGAUCCCGACGAGCCCAUCCGCUCCACCACGAACAUGGUGUACUUCACGGCCAACCGGGGACCCUUCCGCCUCGACUGGGAGCGGCUGUCCAAGGAGGCAGUCCGCUCGAACCGCUCCGCCGAGGAGCAGACGCGUCUGUGUGGCGGCAACCAGUUGAUCAACAUCGGCGACUCGUCGAUCGCCUUCCAUUCGCCCGGCUAUCCCAGUGGCUACAUGAACGGACUGAAGUGCUCGUGGAGUCUGGUGCCCGCGAAUCCCGCCUCGCAUGCCGUCCUCCAGCUGCUCCACUUGGAUCUGGAGGUCUUCGGAGGGCAGGACCAGUGCAUGACCGACUAUGUGCGCAUCUCGAGCGGCAGCGAUCUGCAGAGCUGGUCGGAGCUGCAGAAGCUCUGCCUUCUGCCCACCGAAGUGGGCGAUAGGAUCUUCCACGGCACGCCCUACCUCCGCGUGGAGUUCAUCACGGACUCCAGUGUGAACAAGACGGGAUUCCAGAGCCUGGUGCGCACCGCCUGCGGUUCGCAGAUCGUUGGCAGCCGCGGCGAGGUGGACAUCAUGAAGGUGCUGCAGGGCAACGGACCGAUUCGCUCCAACAAGGACUGCGUGUGGACGCUGAAGGUGCGCCAGGGUCGCCGAAUUCGCAUCAGCUUCCCCAGCUUCCAGUUGCAGAACAACCAAGCCGGCGGCCCCAACGAAUGCAGCAACUAUCUGCUGCUGCGGAAUGGCAACGAUGCGGAGUCUCCGUUCCUGGGACGCGGCAAGUACUGCGAGGAUGCCGAGAGCGAGGUUCUGGAGACCAGCUCGAAUCGGGCGUACAUCAAGUUCCACUACCUGAACCCCCGCUUCGCACUGACCUUCCGCUACGAGGAGCUCAGCCACGCCUGCUCCGGUCACAUCCAGCUGGGUGCCAUCAACAACGGCUCGGAUGUUCAGUUCAUCCACUCGCCGUUCUAUCCCAACCUCCCGAAUCCCCACUCGGAGUGCAUUUGGACCGUUAACGCACCGGCGGAGCACCGGAUAAUGCUGCACUUCGAGGGCAAGUUCGAUCUGCUAGAGGCCACGGGGAGCGGCGAUAAGAAGGAGUGCCAGCAGGAGUUCGUCCAGGUGAACGACGGAGCCACCGGUCUGAGGCCGGAGAUCGGACGCUAUUGCGGCGCCCAGAAACCGGACACGAUCUACUCCACGGGCAACCAGCUGAGGAUCCGUUACUUCACCGACGUCACCGAGCCGCACAUGGGCUUCAAUGCCAGCGUGCAGCUGGCCCGCUGCGGCGGCUCCUUCCACAGUUCCGAGGGCGUGAUUGCAUCUCCCACUCGCGAAAUGCUGCUGGUGCACGAGGCGGGCAAGCAGCUGCAGGAGUGCGUCUACACCAUCGAACUGGAGACGGGCAGCACGGUGGAUCUGGUCAGCGAGUUCCUGUCGCUACCCCAGCCAUCGGAGGGGGGCAACUGUUCGAGGCGGCACCACCUGCUGCUGCAAGAGCUCGAGGCGUUCGGAACGGAUGAGGAGAACCGCGAUCGGAUCACGGACACCCUGAUGGUCUGCGGCAGCGAGCCGAGGCAUCUGCUUGGCGAGACGAACAGGAUUGUGCUGCGCUAUCGCUUCCUCGACGGCAUUCCGGAGGAGGGCGAGGGCUUUCGCAUCCGCUAUCGCACGGUGAGAUCGCGAUGCGGCGAGACGAUCGUCGCCACGACUGGCGCCCUCCAGACGCCCGGCUAUCCCAUGCCGAUCUCGAAGCCCGUCCACUGCGUGUGGCGGCUCCAGGUGCCGAAGGGCCGGCGGGUGCGGCUCGAGAUCCUCGACUUCAGCCGAAGCGUCGAGGGCCGGCCACGAAUUAUGAUGGGCUUUGGUCAGUACCGCGGUCGCCUGUCGGUGUCCAACGACCAUCGGGGUCAGUACGUAAUUGGCCGCUACAGCGGCGACAUGCCCUCGGAGGUGGUGUCCUCCGACAACACGAUGUUCGUUGAUGCCUUGGUCCUGCCCUUCGAUCAGAGUCGCGGCUGCAAGCUGCGGUUCAGUGCCUACGGCGAGAGCGCCUGCCAGAGGUUCCAGUUCCAGGCGAACGUUCCACGGCAGAUGCGGAUCGGACGGCAACGCGGCAGUGAUCCCAUUUACUGCAGUCACGAUAUCAUUCCGGCGGUCAACAGCACCAUCCUCAUCCAGGUAAAGGAGUUCAACAGCUCCAACGUUAUGAUGAUCAAUUCGAAUCUGUGCUCGGUGAUGGCCCCGCUCAAGAUGAGCCGACUGGACCACGAGGAGGGGCUGCUGCAGCGAUUCCUUUGCGACUAUGUGGCGCCCGCUGCGGGCAAAGCGCCGCUCUCCGUGCGUGUGCCCUUCCCCAUCGAACUGGUCGUCGCGGACAGCAUUCGCAACACUCUCUACAGUCUCGUGCUGGACUACAGCAUGCAGUCUUGCGGCGGCGUCUUCAACCUGGAGCCGGGCGACAAUAUGACGGUGCGCCAGCCAACGGGAAUGCAGUCGGUUCGCGGGGCCAUCGAUUGUGCCUGGGCGAUUGGUCCCUACACGGAUGCCGGACUCGAGGAGGACCUAACGCCCCAGGACAUUCAGCUGGAGGUGUCGCUGCAGAUCUAUCUGCCCGUUUCGGCCGCCGGAUCCUCGGACUCUUCAUGCGACACUCACUUCCUCAAGGUUUACAAUGGACCCGACCAGAACUCACCGGUGCUGGGGACGUACUGCAACCGGACGAACGCCACCAAUCUGGUGGUGGAGCGCGGCCUCUUCCUGGAGUAUCACUCCGAUAGCUACUCGCCGAGAGCCACCUUCAACGUGUCGAUCAAGUACGGAUCGGGAUGCGGCGGCAAGCUGACGUACCCCUAUCGCACCAUCGAGUUCAACGAGCAGUACAAGAACAAUGUGGAGUGCAUUUGGGAGGUGGAGGCGACUCCGGGCUACCACAUCGGUCUGUCCUUCUACAAUCGCUUCUACGUGGAGGACAGCCCCGGUUGCACCAAGGACUAUGUGCUCGUCCAGCAGCGCAACAGUACGUCCGGCAAUUGGACGGACCUGCAGAGGAUUUGCGGUCGUUCGCCGCCGGAGAAUAUCAGCACAACAACGCCGUACAUGCGGUUGAUCUUCCGCUCCGAUUCCGAUGUCGUGGCCGAUGGCUUCUGGGCCAAGUUCCAGCGCAAGUGCGGCGGACUCCUGUACGCCGACGACACCGACCAGGAGAUCGCCAGUCCGGGUUAUCCGAAUGGGUACGAUCCGAAUCUGCAGUGCAACUGGACCGUGGUGCCCCGUGAUCGCUCCACGGGCGGAGUUCUCGUUAGCUUCGUUAACUUCGAUCUGGAACAGGCGCCCACAACCAAUUGCCUCUUUGACAAUCUAACGGUGACGACGAAGGACAAGGACAAGGCUCCCGUGAAGGCGUCGCUGUGCGGCGUGAAGCACAACCACCAGUACAGGGCCAAGGAGUCGAUCAACCUGCUCUUCCUCACGGACAGCAGCCACUCCGGCCGGGGAUUCCUUGCGCGCUACACCAGCCGACUUUGCGGCGGCGCCAUUGACCAAACGGCCAUUGUGGAGUCACCGCGCCAGCACACGGACAACACCCUGCCGCCGAACAGUAAUUGCUACUGGAAUUUGACCACCACGCCCGGCCACAAGUUCACCGUGAAGUUCGAAAUGAUCGACUUCGAGGCGCAUGAUCGGUGUGCCUACGAUGGCGUGGAGAUCUUCGCGGGAUCCGUUCCCGACGACCGACAGCGACUGGGCAGGUUCUGUGGCCAGAUGAACGAGGCUCUGCCGGUGAUCAGCAUCAACCAGGAGCACGGCAUCAUCCACAGCUACUCGGACGAUCGGGAUCCGUCGCGUGGAUUCCGCGCCUUCGUUCGCAUGAUUCCCAACUGCGACGAGAGGAUCUCGUUGAAUGGCUCUACGCGCUAUGUCUUCAGCAAGUUCCACUAUGCGAAUGGCUAUGAGAGCAACCUCGACUGCCACAUCGUUUUCCGGGUGAAUCCCGACCAGCAGAUCCGUCUGCAGUUCAGCAACUUCCAUGUGGAGCAGUCCCCCAACUGCGAUCACGAUUAUGUGGAGUUGCGGGAUGGUGCCGGUCCGUUUGCCGACAUCAUCGGACGUUUCUGUGGCCAGGAUGCGCCGCCACCGUUGACCUCCACCAGGCACACAAUCUUCCUGCGCUUCGUCACCGACGAGCGGGUGAGCGAUUCCGGCUUCGAGGUGACCAUCGAUGCGGUGCCUCGACUGUGCGGCGCUUCCGAGAUCUCCCUCAGCUCCGACGGUGUGAAGGAGGCCAUUAUUGAGGCCCCGGGCGGCAACUACGCCAACGGGGUGUCCUGCUUCUGGAAAAUCAAGGGCGACACUGCGCUGGAUGUGCACUUCCUCGUCCUCGAUCUCCAGGGACCCAAUGCCAACGGCAGCUGCGUGGAGGACUAUCUCAAGAUCUAUAACAGUGAGGACGCCCAGCUGCUGGAGCAGGGCUUGGGCCGCGAGCUGAUCAUGAAUGGCCCAUCGGGAGGACGAAACUACAUCGACUACGCCGCCGAGCAUGUGUAUUGCGGCAGCGUGAAGCCGGAUACCUAUUACUCCAAUCCGACUGAGCUGUACCUGAAGUACCGAUCGAAGAGCCAGGUUCAGCGUCUAGGGUUCAGGGUGCGGAUCGGGCUGACCUCCAACACCGAGCGCCACUACGAGGGGCUGCAGGGCAGAGUGCGUGUGUCGAACACCAACAGCUUCGACGUCACCAUCCGGGCACCGGUCAAUCACACAUUGAGCCUGUACUACAACGAGCUUAUGAUGGGCAGCUACGAGUGCGAUACGGAGAACCUGGAGGUCUUCGACAGGAGCAAUCGAUCGCUGCAGCGCGUGUGUGCGUUCCUCGAUGUCGGCAAGAGUCUCUUCAGCUACGCGGAUGAAUUGCGGCUGCACGUUAAGACCGGCUCGUACCUGACCACCCUGGACCUCACCUAUCUGGCCAGUCCGGUGGAGAAGGGACCCGGGUGCGGUGGCCAGUUCUACAAUACCGAAGGCCUCUUCGCCAAUCCCUUCUAUCCGGCGAAUGUGCGCAAUAACUCCGACUGCCGUUGGACCGUGCGGGUGCCCAGCAACAAUAAAGUGCUCCUCACGUUUGAAGUCUUCAAUCUGGGUUCAAAAACCACCUGUCACACGGACUUUCUGGAGAUCCUGGAAGAGGACCAAGACGGCGAGGAGAGAGUGAUGAGGCGCUUCUGUGGCGAGGACAACCCGAAAGUCUACAAGAGCCAGCGCAGCCAAGUGGUGGUCCGAUUCCACAAGACAGUCAAUUACGAUGGCGUCGGUUGGGUGAUUCGGUUCGCUGGGGUCCACUCCAAUUACCGAAUACCCCAACAUCUAUUGAGCGAUCCCAUUUUAGGACUUCGUAAAUAAAAAAUAUAUAUCCUGUGUGUUGUGUUAAAUGCAUCUUAAUAAAAUAAAUCACUAGCAGGCUAAAACUCCUUAAAGGUGUAUUUACAAAACAAAA